AUGUCGAUAUCCGACGAUGAGGGCUACGGCUCCAGCCAGGCGCCACUGGUCCGGCGCGACGAGGUUGAGCUGCAGCGCAUCUACCGAAAGAUCGACUGGGUCAUCCUGCCGCUCAUGUUCAUGUGCUACUUUCUCGAGUUCCUCGACAAGAUCCUCAUCGGCUACGCCAACGUCAUGGGCCUCGAAAAGGACCUGCACCUCAAGCCCGGCCAGUUCCAGUGGCUGGCGACGGUGCUGUACAUUGGCAUGGCGGCCGCGCAGCUGCCGCAGGGCGCGCUCAUCCAGCGCUACCCCGUCAGCAAGGUGCUCGGCGCCAACGUCUUCUUCUGGGGCGUGCUCGUCUGCUGCAUGGCCGCCGCGCGGGAUUUCGCCGGCAUCGCCGUCCUGCGCACCCUGCUCGGCGUGCUCGAGGCCGUCGUCGCGCCGGCGCUCAUCAUGGUCACGACGCAGUGGUACACGAAGCAGCAGGCCGUGCCGCGCAUGGGGCUCUGGUACAGCGGCAUCGGCUUCGGCCAGAUUGUCGGCGGCCUGAUCUCGUGGGCGGCCCAGCAUGCCAAGAACACGUCAUUUCAGAGCUGGCGCAUCAUGUUUGCGGUCGCCGGCGUCGUCAACGUCGUGACUGGCGUUGCCGUCUUCUUCUUCCUCCCCAAGAACUUGGAAUCGGCCAAGUUUCUCAGCGAAAAGGAAAAGGACAUUGUUCAGCAGAGCCUACUCAUGGACCAGGCCGGCAACGGUCAAAAGGUCUUUCACUGGUCAGGCAUCCGGGAAGCACUGGUCGACAUGCAGGUCCUACUAUUUGUCCUCUUCACCCUGGCCACCGUCAUUCCUUCCGGCUUCAUCACGUCCUUUUCUGCCGUGGUGAUUCGAUCCUUUGACUUUGGCCCGAUGGAAGCGGCCCUACUCAACAUGCCGUCGGGUGCCGUGACCAUCAUCGGUACCACGGUGUCGACAGUCGCAAUUUUGUACAACUUUCCCCGGUGGCUCGGCAUGGUGCUGUUGCUCAUCCCCAGCAUGCUUGGCGCCGGGCUCAUGUCUUUUGCCAAAUCAAAAGGCGCUGCACUCACUGGUGUAUACUUGAUCAACUUGGACAUUGCGCCGCUUGUAUUGCUAUUCAGCAUGGUGGGUGCCAAUGUUCAGGGAUACACGAAGAAGGUCUUUGUGACUGGGGCGGUGUCGUUUGCCAAUGCAUGCGCGUGCAUCAUCGGACCGCAGACAUUUCGACCAGAAGACGCUCCGCAAUAUAUACCGGCCAAGAUUACCGUAUUCUGCGUCACUGGGCUAGGCAUUGUCGUUGCUGUGCUUUUGCGAAUAUUGUAUGGGGUGCGUAAUCGCGGCAAUGCGGCCGCGAGAAGAGCAGCCGUCGAUGCGAUUGCUCGAGGAGAGGCCGAUGCCACAAAGGUUCUGAAUGAGGAAGAGACUGAUCUGAAAAACAACAAAUUUAUAUAUGUGUAUUAA